UGUUAUUUCUUAUCUAGUGGGACGCCAUUACCGAGAUGGACGAGCACAAUCGACCCAUCCAUACUUUCCAGGUUUGCAAUGUGAUGGAACCCAACCAGAACAACUGGCUACGCUCCAACUGGAUUUCUCGACAGGCAGCUCAAAAGAUCUAUGUGGAGCUCCGCUUCACCUUGCGAGAUUGCAACUCCAUCCCAUGGGUGUCCGGCACCUGCAAGGAGACCUUCAACCUCUUCUACCAUGAGAUGGACGAAGCUCAUGGAGUCAAAUUCAAGCCCAGUCAGUACACCAAGAUUGACACCAUUGCUGCAGACGAGAGCUUCACCCAGAUGGAUCUGGGAGAUCGCAUUCUCAAACUGAACACAGAGGUGCGGGAGGUGGGACCCAUGACCAAAAAGGGGUUUUACCUGGCUUUCCAGGACAUUGGUGCCUGCAUUGCAUUGGUUUCCGUGAGGGUUUACUACAAGAAGUGCCCGUUUACGUUGAUGAACUUGGCCUCGUUUCCAGACACAGUCCCACGUGUCGACUCUUCCUCGUUGGUGGAGGUGAGAGGAGCAUGCAUCGAUCAUGCUGAAGAAAGAGACACACCCAAACUAUUUUGUGGAGCGGAUGGAGACUGGUUGGUUCCUCUGGGAAGAUGUGUUUGCAGUAUCGGGUAUGAGGAGAUUGAUGGAUCAUGUGUGGCAUGCCGUCCAGGGUUCUACAAGGCAUAUGCAGGAAACAUCAAGUGUUCAAAGUGCCCUCCACACAGUUUAAGCUAUGGAGAAGGAGCUUCCAUCUGCCGCUGUGAAAAAGGCUUCUACCGAGCUGAGAAAGAUCCCCCAACGAUGGCCUGCACGCGUCCUCCAUCUCCCCCGCGCAAUCUGAUGUUUAACAUGAAUGACACCUGCCUGAUGCUGGAGUGGUCGCCUCCCAGCGACACCGGGGGCCGCCGGGACCUCACAUACAACGUCCAGUGCAAACGCUGCGGCCCUGCGCCCAACCAGUGCCAGCUCUGUGAGGACGAGCUUCGCUUCCUGCCACGGCCUUUGGGCCUGACCAACGCCACCGUAACCGUCACGGACUUCUCGUCGCACGCCAACUACACAUUCGAGAUUGAGUCACUGAACGGUGUGUCCGACUUGAGCUCCUUCCCUCGGCAGGUAGCCGCCAUCACCGUCAGCACCGAUCAGGGGGGUCCGUCUCUGGUGGGAGCCAUAAAGAAGGACUGGGCUUCUCCAAACAGCAUUGCUCUGUCCUGGCAGCAACCUGAAGAAACAACACUUCCCAUCAUUGACUAUGAAGUCAAAUAUUAUGAGAAGGAACAAGAGCAGUUGAGCUACUCGUCAACACGCACCAGGGCUCCCAGUGUGAUCGUUUCAGGUUUAAAACCAGCAACCUGGUAUGUCUUCAAUGUUCGCACCAGAACAGCUGGUGGAUACAGCUCCUACUCCCCGAAAUAUGAAUACCAGACUACAGGUGACUCUUCAGACAUCGCUUCUGACCAGGGCCAGGUGUUGGUCAUCGUAACAGCGGCGGUCGGUGGUUUCACUCUUCUUGUCAUCCUCACCCUCUUCCUCCUCAUCACUGGAAGGUGUCAGUGGUACUUCAAGGCCAAGAUGACCUCAGAGGACAAACGAAGGACCGACUAUCAGAACGGACAUGUCCCUUUUCCAGGAAUCAAAACAUAUGUGGACCCCGACACGUACGAGGAUCCCACACAGGCCAUCCAUGAAUUCACCAAAGAAAUUGACCCGUCCAGGAUCCGCAUUGAGAGGGUGAUCGGAGCAGGUGAAUUUGGCGAAGUGUGCAGCGGCCGCUUGAGAACGCCGGGCAAAAAGGAGAUUGCGGUGGCAAUAAAGACGCUGAAAGGAGGUUAUGUAGAACGCCAACGGCGGGACUUCCUGCGCGAGGCGUCCAUCAUGGGCCAGUUUGAUCACCCCAACAUCAUCAGGCUGGAAGGAGUGGUCACAAAAAGCAGGCCUGUGAUGAUCGUGGUGGAGUACAUGGAGAAUGGAUCACUGGACUCCUUCCUUAGACAACAUGACGGUCACUUCACAGUCAUCCAGCUGGUCGGCAUGCUGCGUGGCAUCGCCUCAGGCAUGAAGUAUCUGUCAGACAUGGGCUACGUUCACAGAGACCUGGCAGCCCGGAACAUCCUGGUCAACAGCAAUCUAGUGUGCAAAGUUUCCGACUUCGGCCUGUCCCGAGUGCUGGAGGACGACCCGGAGGCUGCUUACACCACAACGGGUGGUAAGAUCCCGAUCCGAUGGACAGCUCCAGAGGCUAUUGCAUACAGAAAGUUUUCCUCGGCCAGUGACGCGUGGAGCUACGGCAUAGUCAUGUGGGAGGUGAUGUCCUACGGAGAGCGGCCGUACUGGGAGAUGUCCAAUCAAGAUGUGAUUCUGUCCAUUGAGGAGGGCUAUCGACUGCCGGCGCCAAUGGGCUGCCCCGUGGCCCUGCACCAGCUGAUGCUACACUGCUGGCAAAAGGAGAGGAACCAUAGGCCGAAAUUUGUGGACAUCGUUUCCUUCCUGGAUAAACUAAUUCGUAACCCCAGCAGCCUGCUGCCGCUGGUGGAGGAUCUCCAGAGUCUACCAGAAUCCCCGGCGGAGGACAUGGAUUACCCGAUGUUCGUCUCUGUUGGAGACUGGCUGGAUUCUAUAAAGAUGAGUCAGUACAAAAGCAAUUUCAUGGCAGCGGGCUUCAACACGUUGGAUUCUGUGGCGAGGAUGAGCAUUGAAGAUGUGAGGCGUAUUGGCGUGGAGCUCAUCGGCCACCAGAGGCGGAUCGUCAGCAGCGUACAGACCCUUCAGUUUCAACUACUGCACGAACAGGAGAAGGGGUUCCAUGUAUGAGGACGCCCCUUUUUGUUGCAGCCUGGGAUGGACAGGUAGUGGAGACAGGAGGAAGUGAAGUCUAAACCAACUGAGGCACGGUCUGCAGCCUAUGCCUGAGUGUCAAGCCCUCAACCCAUGCUGGAUGUCAUUGAAAGGACUAUUCCAGCAGGGUUCUUCCUGGUCUCCCACUCUUCCCUCCGGACUUUUUUUUACUACUAAACACCCCUCACGUCGUAUGCCUGGUUCUACCAGACUGCUGCGGGCUGAUAAGACUCCACAGGCUGUUCCAGGCCCUCACUUAGAGGAAUGUAAUGCCUUGUUGCAACGGCCGUACUUUUGUGUGUGGAGCAACAAUACUAGAAACUCUGUAGAUUUGCAAAUGUACUCUACUGAAUCUUUGAACUUUUGUUUUUUCUCUUGCUCAUGUAGCUGCUAUCGGGUGUGCAAUCUAUCUGUUUUUUGUCCUUUGAAAAUAGAAAUAACCUCAAGUAUUUUUUAGUUUAGAGUUUUAUCUUUUAAUAUAAAGGUUUAUUUGGAUUGCUUUAGUUACCUGAUGUCCAGAGAGUCCGGUACACCAAUACUUGAAGGAAGAAGUGAGAAGAAAGUUAUAGAGAUUUAUUGAAUGUUUAAAAGUGUAUAGACAGUUAAUUAUUAUUAUAACCUAAUAUCAAUAUAUGUGCAGUCGUGUAUGUGAAAGCCCUAGUAAAUCUGGAACUUAUUUAAAUGUUUAAUUUAUUUCAAAUAUUUUUUUCUAUCUAAAUCAGCAAUACAGUAUUAUGCAGUCACCUCAGCAUCUCCGUGGGAGAUGAAGAAUUGUGAAACGGCAGACUUCCAUGGGUUUUUAAUGUCAGAUUCCCAGCUUGCAGAAAAACCACAAAACAGGUCUGACUGUUUCCAGCAAGCCGCGUAGACACAGUCACGUGAUGAACUUUACUCGGUCUGGUUUUGCUUUUGAUUGUGAAUGUUAAACAUUGCCUGAGAAACUCCACAAAUUCCACAAUUCUACUAUAUGAAUGUUCACCGAAUUUAGAUAUUUCUUGUUGUUUUGCUUUCUCUGGAGACUUGACGAGGACUUACCUGGUUCUUCCUGUCACACCGUGUCAUUUUGCCUGGACACACACACGCGCGCGCGCACACUCAAACACAACCAAAAAUCACAACCCUUGAUUUGAUUGCCGCAGCAGAUUCGGUUCGUGAAGUCAGAGGAAACGGGUAGACAAUUUCCGGCGGAUUUUAACAACUGCUUGUGCAAACUUUGUGGUCGAAGUAGUAGCAACUGUUGGCCGUGAGCGUAGAGUAAAAAUGAGCACUUCUAAAUGUAAAGUGGGACUAGAUAUGAGAUGUAGGCGGAGAACAACAGUGGCGCUGUGUCUUGCUUGACCAGGAAGGGAAAGAGGCGUGCAACAAAGGCAGCAGCUUCAUAACUCAUCUUGUGUCAUUUCAACAUUAGCUCUUACAGGAACACACAAACAUACACAGAAUGCCUUACAGUCUGUUAGCCAUGCAAGCCAGAAACACUUCACAGAAGUUCAUAAGUUUCAGUGCAGUCAUAGGACCUAGUUAUUUCCGCAGGUUUUAUAACUCACAGAUAAAACCCAACUGGACCUGGAGACGUGUGCCUUUUGGGUCAAAGCGCGGUCGGUCAUGCAUCCGGACCCUCAGGAGCGGGAAAAGGUGCACGCACACAUACACACAGACACACACACACGCUGUCCAAAACGCCAACCCCUCUACAUGAAUCCUGAUGAUUAUCAGAUGCUGUUUGUUUAGCAUGUUCUACUGCUGAGCAAUGUUAGAACGUUCUUUUGUACAAAGUACAAGUAUACUUAUUACAAUUCUUGUAUUUUAUUUUUCUAUGAUUUCCAAAGAGAUGUUGUAGAUCUUGCACACUGUAAGAGGCAGUUACAGCGAAUAUUUAUUUGCAAAUAAAGAUGAACAGUUCUGGUGAGA